AUGGAUGACUCGACGCUCCGCCAUUCCAUCACCCUCCACCCUCAUCCCUUCAAUCUCUCUCGAGAAGAUGCUCGCCGGUCUGUGUCCCACCCCCGAACCCCAGUCACCUUUUCUUCCAAUGAAGCGGCCGUCGUUUCGGGCGUCGAAAGAGUCACCGAUACCGAUAUCGUCACCUCUGACGAAGAACGUAACUCUCCGCCUCGGUACACUCCAACGAACGAUCCGCUUCAACUAGCAUCCAAGCUCAAAACAGAAGAAGAAAUCAAACAGAUUCGCGCCAACACUUCCCGAAAACGAGAUCGGGUAACUCCGUCUUUCAUCGGGGACAGAUUCGGAAUUACCUCUUCUGGCAAACUGCAAGAGUUUUACCAAGUGCAAAACGAAAAUAUCGAGCGAUUCUUGACCCCCGUCGAAGAGCAUGUACGUGCGGCCAAAGAGUUCAACAACUCAAACCAGUUGAAGUUCAAGAUUGCAGUAUGGGGUAGUUUUGCAGCCAAUGUCAUCCUGUCUGUUGUCCAAGUAUACGGUGCCGUAUCUUCGGGCUCGUUGUCUCUCUUCACCACCAUGGCCGACGCCAUUUUCGAUCCCAUGUCGAACAUCACCCUUCUACUGUCCAACAAAGCCGUUACAAGGGUCGAUCCUCGCAAAUUUCCCGCUGGCAAGGCUCGUAUCGAAACUGCAGGAAACAUCUGUUUCUGUUUCCUGAUGACUGCAGUAUCCUUCAUUAUCAUCGCCUUUUCGGUCAAAGAACUCGUCGACGGAAGCACCGAAGAAACCACCAAGUUCCACCUCACCUCCGUCAUUGCUGUUGCCGUCGCCUUUUGUACGAAACUUUCAUUGUUCCUGUACUGCUGGGCAUUGCGUAACCAGUUCUCGCAGGUGCGAAUUUUGUGGGAAGAUCAUCGUAAUGACUUGUUCAUCAACGGAUUCGGUAUUUUGACGUCUGUCGGUGGAAGUAAGUUGCGCUGGUGGAUCGAUCCGAUGGGCGCCAUCUUGCUAUCGUGCUUGAUUUCGUUUUUGUGGUUGCGGACGGCUUAUUCGGAGUUCAUGUUGCUCAUUGGUGUCACUGCAGACACACAAAUGCAGCAGCUAAUAACAUAUAUCUCAAUGACACAUUCACCCGCCAUAACUGCAAUCGACACAGUCCGCGCUUAUACCUCUGGGCCUCGUCUUGUCGUCGAAGUCGAUGUUGUCAUGGACCCCAAUGCCACACUCAUGGCCACCCACGAUGUCGCCGAGGAACUGCAAAUCAAGCUCGAAUCCUUGCCUGACGUCGAACGUGCCUAUGUGCAUGUGGAUUAUGAAACGACUCAUAAGCCAGAGCACUUUUUGAAGAAAGAGCUGUAA